UUGUAAAAUUACAUAAUUUUCAAGUUAUGAAAAAAAGAUAUAGCUGUAGAUUCAAGCUUAAAUUUAUAGUCUCAUUUAGUCAUCCGUUUUUAACAAAGGUUAUAGUUUUGUUCCACAUAGUCACAUGUUUAAUAUGUGGUUGCCUCAAACACCCACUCAUGCACACUUGCAGUGCAGAAGAGGUCUGAAUAUGCAAUGGUCUUCUGCAUUCUUAUUUUUCCGAUGAAUUAACACUGUGGUCGUGAAACACUUCAGAGACAGUCAUACCUCAUGUUUUAAGAAUUGCGCUUGCACUUUCACUCACAUGUGCACACAGGAUGUAUGUCCGUCCUGCUGUGACCUGUUUCUCUGUGAUUACUGUAUAUGGUGCUGAUGUGGCUGGUGGUCGUUUCUGAUGGCCAUCUUUAGAAAAACAAGAAAACCACAAACUGUUUUCAUACAAUACUUCACUUCAUCAAAACAAAACAAACAAACAAACAAACAAACUUAGAUUUGUGUUCAACAACAGUUCACAUUUGUGCAUUUUGUAUGGAGUCUUUGAUUUAUCUCAAAGGUAGAGACAUUUGAGAUCAAUAAUAUAACCUCGAUGGGUGGAUGGAUGGACAGACAGAUAGAUAUAGGAUGUUCAGUGUCAGUUUUAAUUUCUGGAGAAAAAAAAAAAAUUAGACUCACUUGAUUUCAUUUCUGUUCUCUUGCAGAAUAUUUUGCCACCAGUAAAUAUUGCCCACACAUGAACACACGCCUAGUUAAUUUAACUUUUUUUAUGUAAUUUGUUGGGACCUAAAAAGGCUCUUUGGAGUACCUUUGUAGGCAUAAUUGGGAACAUUCUGUGAGACUUACCACUGACUUGCAAUAUGUAACAUACCUUCAUAUUUGUCUGUAUUUCAAUGUAAAUUUGAAGACUGCAUGUCUGAGAUAUGAUAGUGACACCUUUACAAGCUUGCUCCCUUUACAUUUGACUGCAGCCAUGAGCAGAGCAAUUUGGCUCAACAAAACUAUAUUAUUUUGCAAACCAUGACUGUCUUUUGCAGAGGAAUAUAGGAACAAAAGCAUUGAUCAACACCUCAUAUCUUUAGAAACACUUUUGCUUCAAUUUGGGUGUGGGGUGAGAGACACCAGGUUGAUUUCAACCAAUCUUAUUCAAGUCUUGGUUUGAAAGUGACCAAUCACAUCACAUGCAAGUCUUCUAAAGAGCAUUUUCACUCAUUCAUUGCUUCAAACAUGAUCAUUUGGGCCAUUUUGAUCUUUUGGGCUCCUGGAGUCCGACCUAAUCACAAUGGUGAAAAUGUCUUGUUACAAAUAUUCCAGCUGGGAGAUGAUGUUACAAUCAAAUGCUUUUCUGUAAAAAGUUUUGACAACACAAUGGUUUGGUAUAAACAGAGCAUUGGGCAGAUCCCUCGGCCUAUCGCAAUAUCGUACAAUUAUUGGAAAAAUGUUGAAUUUGAGGAUAAAUUUAAAAAUGGGAGAUUCAGUAUUUCAGCAAGUGAAGGAUCUUUUCACCUGAACAUCACAGCUAUGACCAAAGAGGACAUCGGAAUAUACUAUUGCGGGACGGUGUUCUUGAAUCAAAUAGAUUUUAUCUCUGGAGCAUAUCUGAUGCUAAAAGGAAGUGAAUCUAAAGACUUCAACAUGGCAUGUGGGGAGAGACCAGUUGUGAAUGGAACCACUUUUAAAAAUAAUGACAACAAUAAUCAAAAAGCAUGGGAUCCUGUGUUACUUUGCUUGAUAUCCUCCAAUGUUGUUUUUGUGAUAGUAAUUAUCACACUCCUUGUUGAUCACUGCAAACGCUGGGGAAAAAGGCAUAGAGGAUCUACAAAUCUAACAUCUCCAUCAUGUGAGAUUAGAGAUUCAGAUGUGAAUUAUGCAGCUGUGAGUUUUGCCUCUGCCCCUCCAGCCAGAAGAUCAAACAACAGACAUGUGGCUGAAUACAGUCAAGUGAACUACAAGCCGACAGAUCAUAUGAUUUAACAGAAUAUCUCCACAAAAUUAUUUGCCUUUCUGUAAACAUUUAUUAUUGUAUUGAGAUUGAUAUUUCAAAAGCAUCAAUUACUGUAAAUAUAUAUACAGAGUUUAUCUUCUAUUCACAAAAAAAACCCCACUGUUAUUGAUCAAAGAAAUGAAAGAUAAUAAAAACAAGAAUCUGUUUGUAUGAAAAUGACAUGCAUACUAUAGUAAUAACAACUGCAUGACAAUAAUAAAAUUGAAACAUGCAUCAGAAUGUCUUAGAAGCUUAAAGAUUAAUCUCUGUCCUGUUGAGUCUUGUCAUGUUCCUCAUAGCUGGAAACAUUUGCAUAGUCUGAUGAAUAAUGCCUUUGAUACCAGUCGUGCACUUUAGCCAAAGACAUCUGUAUGUCCUCGUCAUCGUCACAUGAGGACAUGUCUGCUAUAAGGAAAUAAAACAAAGUUUUGGUUUUCUGACAA